AUAAACCUUCUUGGUAAUUGAUGUGGCGUCUACAAGCUCCGGGAUUGCCCGCUGCACAACCCACGAUAGCGCCAACUUUUUGAAGACUCAAUGUUUUCUGUGCAAGACAAGAGUACUUCCUCAUUACAACUUCUGAACGAUAGGCAUGGCAUCUAACGAAGUUUUGACUGGCUCUCAAGCUCCAGCGCCGAAGCUUGGUUCUUGUAAAGUCGUCCUCGGAGGCGCCAUCGCUCAAGGCUUGCUCGCAGAAGUGAAAGCAAACCUCCAGCAGCUGGGCAGGAGUCCCAAACUGCACGCCUACCUAGCCAACUCAGACCCGGCGGCUCGAUCAUAUGCGGACUGGACGGCGCGCACGUGUAAGGAAAACGGCUUUGAAUUCCAUCUGCAUGAGGUCGAUCGCGAAGAUCUCGAGGACGUGCUGAGGCACGCCAACACCGACGAAAGUAUCGACGGCAUGAUUGUCUACUAUCCGGUUUUCGACUCCAAACGAGACCUAACGCUCCAAUGGACCGUGAGCAUGUUCAAGGACGUCGAAGGCUUGUCGCCACAACUCAUCAGCAACAUGUAUCAGAACAUCCGCUUUCUGGAUCCUCCCUUCAACACUCAGAAAUCGAUUCUGCCAUGUACACCCCUCGCAAUCGUGAAGAUUCUCGAAUACCUGCAGAUAUACAACACCUUUCUGGACUACGGCAAGCGCCUUUUCGGCCGCCGUAUCACAGUCAUCAAUCGUAGUGAAGUCGUCGGGAGACCACUGGCCGCGUUGCUGGCCAAUGACGGCGCAGAGGUGUAUAGCGUCGACGUUACUGGCGUGCAGCUGUUUAGCAGAGGCAGCGGGCUCAAGCGGCAGAAACACGAGGUGCGUGAGAUGGAUGGGUGGGGUCUGGAGCAGUGCCUGCCUGUAAGCGAUGUCGUCGUCAGCGGCGUUCCGGGUGAAACGUACAAAGUGCCCACUCACCUAAUCAAAGAAGGAUCGGUGUGUAUCAAUUUCUCGACCGAGAAGAACUUCAAUCCUGAUGUCAAAGAGCGCGCGUCGAUAUAUGUUCCGUCGAUCGGCAAGGUUACAACGAUCAUAUUGCUUCGUAACCUGGUGCGGCUUGUUCAAAAUCAGCCGCAUGCCAACGGCCUAGAACCAUGAGAAUCGACACUUGUCUCGUUGUCCUAGCCCCAUGCUUCUGAAGCUAGCAGAUCCCAGAUCCCAGAUCCCGGGCAGUCUGGAACGACGCAUCUCUGGCAACGCCCUGAAACGGCAGAAUUUUCACGGUUACCCUGCUGAGUACCUUUGCUCUUGCAUACUGUGGCCACACGCUCAGGAAUAUGCAGCAUUGCUAGACGUUCCCACACCACCGGUAGCACUUCACAUC